AUAGUGGUGUGUUCCACAGGUCAGAAGGGUUCCUUUUUUGAAAUCUUUGGUUUACAUGUUUAUAUAUGGCGAUACGACGUAGUUUCUGUGGUGUAGGUUGUGUUUUGGCGGGAACUCUGCAGCGAGGAUCGUCAAACGUCUUGUCCCAGUUCGUCAGGAAUCUUAAGAUGCCACCAGAAAAGAAGGAGGCAAAGGGAGGGAUGGCAGAGACAGGCAUAAAGAAAAACAGAGUGGAGCUUCACUUGCAUCUGGAUGGGGCGGUGCGACCCUCCACUCUUCUGGAUGUGGCAAAGAAGAGAGGAAUCCCGUUACCGGCCGACACGGUAGAGGGAAUCCUCCCCCACGUCAGUAUGGACCAGCCCGACAGUCUGGUUGCCAUGAUCAAGGUCUUCAAGUUCUUCAUCCCGAUCAUACAAGGAGACGGUGAGACCAUAAAGAGGAUAGCGUACGAGCUGUGUGAGGACCAGGCCAAACACGGCGUGCUCUAUUUCGAGGCUCGCUACUGUCCUCACUUCCUCACUCAAUCCAAACUAGGCCAGACCAUAUGGGACUGCCCCGCCCCCCCAACUUUCUUCACCCAGACUCAGGCUAGUACUAAGAGCCUACUGAAGAAGUUACUGCUGCAUGCUCCCCUGAAGUUGAGAAGACACAAGACGAAGGAGUUGACUCCCACCGAGGUGGUUGAGUUGGUGAACUCAGGGUUAAAUGAGGGCAGCAGGGAUUUUGGGGUCAAGGCCAGGAGCAUCCUCUGCCUCAUCAGGGACAACCCAGAAUUCUCCAUGGAGAUGGUACAGCUCUGUGAUAAGUUCAGGGAUCAGGGCGUGGUUGCCAUUGACCUUGCGGGGAAUGAAGUUGGCGACAUGGCGACCAACGCGGAACACAUCAAGGCCUUUCAGGAAGCAAAGCGGCUGGGUAUCCACCGUACCGUCCACGCGGGAGAAAUCGGAGGUCCAGACAAGGUGGAGGAGGCCGUGUUCAAGAUGGACGCCGAGCGGAUAGGCCACGGGUACCACAUCCUGGAGGAUCCGCAGCUCUACGCCAAACUCAGGGACAUGAACAUGCAUUUUGAGGUAUGUCCAGUGUCUAGUUACAUCACAGGUGCUGUCCCCCUGAACUACAAGGAACAUCCAGCUCUCAGUUUUGCAAAGGAUGGUGCUAACUUCUCGAUCAACUCGGAUGACCCAGGCGUGUUCCGCACAAACCUGUCACGGGAAUAUAGCCUCAUCCGAGAACACUGGAACUUUGACGACAAACUGAUUGCACAAUUGAAUUUGAACGCUGCCCAAGCCUGCUUCCUACCUCCAGAUGAGAAGAACGAACUCAUCAAGCAAGUCAAAGAGGCUCAUGGGAUACAGUGAAAAAGGAUUGUGGGAUAGAAGAUGUUGAAUGCGUCACAGUCAGGGUUUUUGCAGCAGCUACAGCCAAGCAACAGUUUACCUCAGAAACUACAUUGUUCACUCAGAUACUUUUUAUGCCACUUAUCCAGAAAUGUGUGACUUUUCGCUUUGAAAUGAAAACUGGAGAGAGCGUAAUAUGUAAAUACAAUAAGCCCUUUCACAGAGUUCAGAAUGCAUGUGUGGCGACAGGAAUUCUAGGUAAAUGUUGUGCAAAUCGAAACAAUGGUCGAGACAAGGACAAUUUUCUUUUUUUGGGCCUUUACCUUUGACAUAUUACCUAGAAUUCCUGGCGUCGCACAUACGUUCUGAUCUCUGUGAGAGGGCUUAAAGCUUAUUGCCAGCUUUGCAAAUUUUACUGAUCACUAAAAGUAGCUUUUAAUGAAUGUUGGAGAAUUUAUGGAUUUUUUACUGUCCAAAAACUCUGUCAUGUUUUAAGCUUCAUGUCGCAGCUAUGCAAAAAAAGAGUGUAUUAUAUUAUCUGAAAUGUUCUUUGUUUGGAGCUUAUAUAUCAAUACAUAGCUUUUUUACAGCAUAAUGUAGACUACACCUUUAUAUUGGCUUGAGAAAGGUUAACAAAGUUUAUAAAAGGCAGCUUCUUUAUCUGCACAGUCCAGGGUAACACAGGGUCACUAACCCAAAGUUAUGUAAAGUUGUUGGUUAGUUUUGAAAACCUUCCUAAAAUACAUUUGUACCAUAUUGAUUGCUAAUUUUAAUAUAUUCACAGCCUACAAAUAUAGUUUUACACAUUUUAUGCAACAUUUUCAUCAUGACUAGUAACUUUUCAGUCCUCCUACCUCAGUUUUUCAAAGCUGUAUGUGCCUUCAUAUUACAUGUAGACUGGUACUGACUAUUUAGGUCGCUGUCACUGCGACCUAAAUAGGAUAUGUGUAAUCUUCACUUUCACACUUGGUAUAUCAUACAAAACGUAAAAGUGUGACUGAGAAGACAACAAAACGCAGAAAGAUUUGUUUCUUUUCUAUAGAAUUUGUUUAGCAAUAUGUCAAAUUUUAGGUCGCUGCGAGAGCGCCGUCUUAGUGGAAAGGGGUUAGCAAUUAGCAGUUUGAUCAAUGAGAGGGAGGUUGUGUGUCUGUCAAAUAUUUGUACAUUGCACAAUGUAUUUUGAAUUCUUUUUGACAUAGGUGGGCAUAGCUAUGGGAUCAGUCUACCUUAGUUGGUAGGACUAUGUCAAGUUGCUUAGCUGUUUCUUGCACAUUUUGAGGAAAGAAUGUAUCCAACAGGGUAAAUUACAAAGGGAAGAAAAACAUUCAAACAUUUUCGACAGAAAUAUUGCUCUUCAAGGAAGUUAUUUUUGAAGUUUUUUUAAACAUUUUUUACAACAGAGUUUAUUAAUGUGGAAAUAAUUCUGUUUGAGAAGUUAAUUAUAAGAUCUGAGAAUUAUCUUAAAUAUUUGGUGCAUGUUGGUUCUAAAAAGUUUCUUGUAAUUCUUCUCUUUUAUCAGUGAAAUUUUAGUGUUAAUUAUUGUGUAUUUUAACUUACCACAUCUAUUGCGAUAUAUGAGUUCUAAUAUUGACACAAAUUAUGUAAUAUUUAGCAAAA